CCGUUCUUUAUAGUUAUCUCUCUUUCUACAUGACUAUCUAUUGGGGGUGUUACUAAGAUACUUCGCGCACAGACUAAGUAGUAGUGCGCACAAUCGGCAAUGCCCAACGCUCGAUACCCGCUACAGGUAUAUAAGGGCUCGAAGCCUUCCAGAGAGAGGGGACUUCUCCUCUCCCCUCACUUUCCACUUUCCACUAUCUCUCUACACUUUAUCUCUCUAUCUAUUCUCCCAACUCAUUACACACGAUAUACUGACUUGAUCGUCGGAGCUUAAUCCGGGGGGCAUCCCCGACUUUCCACAGGUUCUCUCCCUCCAGACGAGAUCAGACGAAUGGAUGACGAGUCGACCCACACAACAAUCAUCAUUGUUCAUACCUCGAGCUAGAUGGUACAAACAAUUGGCGCCCACCGUGGGGCACGACUUGGCUUUCGUUUGUUUGAUUUCUCAAGGAGGAGAAAUCUAGAGGAGAAGACAGAAACUUUUUAGAAAAAAAGGAAAGAAGGAACUCCGGUCAGCUCACGUUGGCGCCGGACACCGAAAAGGAAAUCAUUUUCCUCCCUACCUACAAGUACACCAGCACCAGCAACAGAGACUCACUUCUCUACUAGGCGAACCCACAAUAGAGAAGAGACGGCAAGAUUGGAGAAGAUGAAACCCACAAUUGCGAAAGGUAUGGUAAAAUGGAGAAGAUGAAACCAAGAGUUGGGAGCAGAAAUUCCAUCCAAAUCUCGACAUUCUCGCUAGCCGCCGACGCUUGCGGUGCCGGAGCUCUGGCCGAAGCAAAAAGAAGUUCUAGAUCGAGAAGUUCUUCUCCUAGGAAGAGAGGUGAGCAAGCUAGCACUUGAUAGCUGUAAAACUGGGAAAAAAUGGUCAGUUCCCGGCAACUUGGCUAGCUGGAGACAUGUUCAGGGUCAGAGCUCCCUUCAAUCGUCAUCACGACCUGCUUCACAAUAAUCAGACUACUUUGCUACAUUUGGUGACCUGCAGUCGAGAAAGAGUGAAAAGACAAGGCAAGUUUCUCUCUUUGUCAGAAGGAAAGGGUGUAUUUCCCAAGACAAGAUUGCACAAGUUGAUGCCGACCUGGAAAUAUUAGAAAAGAAGCUUUGCGGCUAAUCAUUCCCCUGAGAUCUCUCUGAUGCUGCGCUCCCACCCUCUUCGAGCGCUUCACCCUCUCCGCCGCGCCGUAGGUCGUUGAGAGUCUGCUUUUCCCGCCGCGUAAGCAACGGAAAAAGCCCACGCCAAAGAAGAACGAAAUCUUCCGCGAACCGAAAGCUAAAAAUUAUAUGUGUCUCCAUCGCCGAUCCGGACCGCCAGAGAUCUAGAUCAUUAUCCGCCGAAGACCUGGCCACAGCAAACCCGCCUCUUACUCCCGGCCUCUUCGGGACUAACUCAAAUCUCGACCCUUCUUAAUCUACCAAGUAAUUUUUUUACCCACGCGAUCAACUAUAGUUAACCAUCUAGCCCGCUCAACUCCAGAAGAAGAAGAUGGCUUAAUGGUGGCGGAUCCAUUAGGCCCACCACCUGAUGCGGGCUCAACCACCGCUCAACAAGACGCGCAACAUGGGUCGUCGCGUCCUCAAGCCGCUUGACAACCCGCCAUAUUACAUGGGCUCGCUUCUCAUUCACAAGCGCGCAGCAAGAUGGGCCCCCACACAACUCGCUGUCCGCUUCACCUCCAGCCCGCCUGACACUGAACCCGCGACGACGCACUCCACAAUCCCGCAUCACAUGUGCCAGCAAACCCAAACGCGCUACCCAAGUCCUCCAUCUGAUCCGUCUAUCAAGAGUAGCCCGCGAGGCCCAAGUCCUCCAUCUGACCCGUCUAUCAAGACCAGCUCCCGCGUCUUAGCCCACGUCCUACCUCCGGCCCGCCCCACUUCUCGGGUGUGGGGAUUCGAACCUCGGUUCGAGGAUAUGCCUGUAGGCAAAUGGAACCAAUGGACUACACAACAACUAUUGAUCCCAAAGGCGAGGAUAUUUUUUAUAUCAACUUCUUUUCCGCUUCUCACACCAAGUACACGCCACAGGGGCCCACACAAUUCAACUCGCGGCCCGCGCCGCACCCUCCCCCAGCCCGCGUCGCCCCAGAUCAACCGCGCUAGCCUUGCACCAACCAGCUUCCUGCAUAGAUGAAGCCCAAGUCGCGUAUCCAAGUCCGUCCCACUCGCGAACCUCAUUCAACAGACACGGAACUCUUCAAAAAAAAAAUCAUCGCCGCCAGUCCUCAAACCCGCAUCACUCCUCCGCUAGACAAGCAACAUUACCAGCAGGCUACAUACGAGUCUUGUAAUCCUUAGGCGCAACACUCUUAUUUUAACAACUCUUCGCGCCGCUUCGCCAACAUAAAACUAAGCACUAUAU